GAACUUUUUAACUGUUACAACUCCAACCUCUUUUCAGCGGUUCAAGUUCUUGUAGAUUUGGUGUUGGUGGGUAGUUCUCAUUUUGGCCUAUAAUUCCAUUUCUUUUUCUUCAAAAUCCGAUCUUUGUCACUGGGUUCAAUCUUGUUUUUCCUGUCUUAAAGUUUGUGUGCUGGCUUCACUCUCAACCAUCCAUCCAACCAUGGUGGUUCGCUGAUUACUGGGUUCUGAUCUGAAGCCUGAUUUCUAGAGAGAAAGAAGAAGGAAAAGAAAAAAAAGAAAAAGAAAAAGAAAGAAAGAGCUCAGGUUGAUAGCAAAAGAGAAAGUGAGUUGAACUAGUGAAGAUGGCUGACAAGCCUGAAGUCCUCGAAGCUGUAGUGAAGGAGACAGUUGAUUUGGAAAACAUUCCUAUCGAAGAAGUUUUUGAGAAUCUGAGAUGUACCAAGGAGGGUCUUACUGCUGACGGUGCUCAAGAAAGAUUGGCCAUUUUUGGCUACAACAAGCUAGAGGAGAAGAAGGAGAGCAAAUUGUUGAAGUACUUGGGUUUUAUGUGGAACCCUCUUUCAUGGGUCAUGGAAGCUGCGGCUAUUAUGGCAAUUGCACUUGCCAAUGGAGGGGGGAAGCCUCCGGAUUGGCAAGAUUUUGUGGGUAUUAUUACUUUGCUUCUGAUCAACUCCACAAUCAGUUUCAUUGAGGAGAACAAUGCUGGCAAUGCAGCAGCUGCUCUCAUGGCUCGUCUUGCUCCAAAAGCCAAGGUUCUUAGAGAUGGAAGGUGGAGCGAGGAAGAUGCUGCAGUUCUUGUGCCCGGGGAUAUAAUCAGUAUAAAACUUGGUGAUAUCAUUCCUGCUGAUUCUCGCUUGCUCGACGGAGAUCCUUUGAAAAUUGACCAGUCGGCUCUGACUGGUGAGUCACUUCCUGUAACAAAAGGACCUGGAGAUGGUAUAUACUCUGGUUCCACGUGCAAGCAAGGAGAAAUUGAAGCAGUAGUGAUUGCAACUGGUGUUCACACCUUCUUUGGGAAGGCAGCUCAUCUUGUAGACUCCACUAAUCAAGUGGGCCACUUUCAAAAGGUUUUGACUGCUAUUGGGAAUUUUUGCAUUUGUUCUAUCGCCAUUGGGAUGAUAAUCGAGAUUGUUGUUAUGUAUCCAAUUCAACAUCGGCGAUAUCGUCCUGGGAUAGACAAUCUUCUUGUGCUUCUCAUAGGUGGAAUUCCAAUUGCCAUGCCCACUGUUCUCUCCGUGACAAUGGCUAUUGGGUCUCACCGUUUAGCUCAACAGGGAGCUAUAACAAAGAGAAUGACAGCUAUAGAAGAGAUGGCUGGGAUGGAUGUGCUCUGCAGUGACAAGACAGGAACUUUGACAUUGAACAAGCUUACUGUUGACAAGAAUCUUAUUGAGGUUUUUGCCAAAGGCAUUGAUGCAGAUACUGUUGUUCUGAUGGCUGCUCGGGCAUCUAGAACAGAAAAUCAGGAUGCGAUAGAUGCUGCUAUAGUUGGCAUGCUGGCUGAUCCAAAGGAGGCUCGUGCUGGCAUUCAAGAAAUACACUUCCUUCCUUUUAAUCCAACUGAUAAGAGGACAGCGUUAACUUAUUUUGACAGUCAAGGCAAAAUGCACAGGGUCAGCAAAGGUGCACCAGAGCAGAUUCUUAAUCUUUCACACAACAAGUCGGAUAUAGAGCGUAGGGUUCAUGCGGUGAUUGAUAAGUUUGCAGAGCGAGGUUUGCGGUCACUUGCUGUAGCAUACCAGGAAGUUCCAGAGGGAAGAAAAGAGAGCCCUGGAGGCCCUUGGCAAUUUAUUGGUCUCAUGCCUCUUUUUGACCCACCCAGACAUGAUAGUGCAGAAACAAUAAGGAGAGCUCUGAAUCUUGGAGUCAAUGUUAAAAUGAUUACAGGUGAUCAGCUGGCAAUAGGUAAAGAAACUGGGCGACGGUUGGGAAUGGGAACAAACAUGUAUCCUUCAUCUGCUUUGUUGGGUCAGGACAAGGAUGAGUCUAUCGCUGCUUUACCCAUUGACGAACUGAUUGAAAAAGCUGAUGGAUUUGCUGGUGUAUUCCCUGAACACAAAUACGAGAUUGUAAAGCGCUUGCAAGCCAGGAAACAUAUUUGUGGAAUGACUGGUGAUGGGGUCAAUGAUGCUCCUGCUCUGAAGAAGGCUGACAUUGGAAUUGCUGUCGCCGAUGCAACUGAUGCAGCUCGUAGUGCUUCAGAUAUUGUCCUUACAGAACCUGGGCUUAGUGUUAUCAUUAGUGCUGUUUUGACCAGUCGGGCCAUCUUUCAGAGAAUGAAAAAUUAUACGAUUUAUGCAGUUUCUAUCACUAUACGUAUUGUGCUUGGGUUUAUGUUGCUGGCAUUGAUAUGGAAGUUUGACUUUCCACCUUUCAUGGUGCUUAUUAUUGCAAUCCUUAAUGAUGGCACUAUUAUGACGAUAUCGAAGGAUAGGGUGAAACCAUCUCCACAACCAGAUAGCUGGAAACUGGCUGAGAUUUUUGCAACUGGAAUUAUUCUUGGAAGUUAUUUGGCUCUGAUGACAGUUAUAUUCUUUUGGGUGGCCUAUAAAACAGAUUUCUUCCCUAGAACUUUUGGGGUGUCAACACUUGAGAAAAGAGCUCAUGAUGACUUUCGAAAGCUUGCAUCGGCAAUAUAUCUGCAAGUAAGCACUAUCAGUCAGGCGCUGAUAUUUGUGACAAGAUCUCGAAGUUGGUCAUAUGUUGAACGUCCUGGUUUGUUCCUUGUGGUGGCUUUUGUGAUUGCUCAGCUGGUUGCAACUCUCAUUGCGGUAUAUGCAAAUUGGAGCUUUGCUGCCAUUGAAGGAAUUGGAUGGGGUUGGGCUGGAGUUAUUUGGCUAUACAAUCUCAUAUUCUAUAUCCCACUUGACUUCAUAAAGUUCUUCACCCGCUAUGCCCUAAGUGGGAGGGCCUGGGAUCUUGUUCUUGAACAAAGGAUUGCUUUUACAAGACAAAAAGACUUUGGAAAGGAGCAACGCGAGCUCAAGUGGGCACAUGCACAGAGAACACUUCAUGGGCUGCAAGUACCAGACACUAAAUUGUUUAGUGAGGCUACUAAUUUCACAGAACUCAAUCAGCUGGCUGAGGAAGCCAAAAGGAGAGCUGAAAUUGCAAGGUUAAGAGAACUACACACCCUCAAAGGUCAUGUCGAAUCAGUGGUGAGAUUGAAGGGUCUUGACAUUGAUACCAUUCAACAAGCCUAUACCGUCUGAGGAGAUAUACGACUACUGCUGCUGCUGCUGGGUGCAACGUGUGCUGAGAGUAAAAAUUAACCCAUAAUCCACACUUAGAUGUGAGUUCCCUUUGAUACAGAGAGUUCAAAGUGGACUGUGAUUGUUGUUUUCCAGCACAUUUGCUAGAAUAACAUUUUUAAUUUUAUACCUUCCCAGGCGUUCUCUGGAACCCGAAGUGGGAUAAAUCAACGCUUGUUAUGCCAUAGCGUAUUGUCUAUAUCCAUCAAGUUUUUGUUCUCAUGGUUCUGUCUC